AUGUCCCUGCGGCCGACACCCUGCAACACCAGCCCAGCCAAGCCCAGCUUGAGCCGCCUCGUCUGUCACAACGGCGAUGCACUCGCCUCGCUCCCCUGCCCCUCAUCUACCCCCCCGGCCUUGUCCACGGCCCACGCCCAGAACCUCAGACGCAUCGCCCGUGGCAGAUGUGCAGGGAUGCAGUUCUCAUCAGUCAUCCUCGCCGCCAUCGCGUGUGCUGCGCAGGCUCAGGCCAUCGGUGUCCAGGCCGUCCAGGUUGCUUCCAACAACGGCUCCCUGACCUUCUCUCCCGAGAAGAUCACUGCUCCUCCCGGCAGCAUGGUUCAGUUCCAGUUCAUGGGCGGCAACCACACCGUCACCCAGUCCACCUUUGACAGCCCCUGCCAGCCCAUGGGCAUCGUCCAGACCGACCCCAAUUCGCCCCCCAAGGAAGGCAUCUUUUCUGGCUACGUCCCCGUCGCCGCCUCGGCCAACAUGGGCCAGCGCCCCGUCUUCAGCAUCAUGAUCAACGACACCAAGCCCAUCUGGCUCUACUGCCAGCAGGGCCCCCACUGCCAGCGCGGCAUGUCCAUGGUCAUCAACGAAACAACAACACCAAGACCCUGGCAAACUACAAGGCCGCCUGCCGCCGCCCUCGGUGGAGGCAACGCUUGGCCAGCCCGGCGAAACCAGCCUACCACCCCCGGCGGCGGCAACGGCAACGGCAACGGCCAGGGCGGCGACAACAACAACAACCAGAACCCCGGUGCCGGCGGUGCCCAGGGCGGCGGCAACAAUGUCCCUGCGGCUGGCGCCUCGCUCGCCGUUCCCAGCUCGCUCCUGCUCGUCGCCGGUGCCGCGUUCAUGCUGCUGUAA